AUGAUUUCACCAUCUAAAUUAUCCUUGAACUCUCUGCGAGAGAUAUUAGGAUACUUUAAUAACGACCCCACAACACUUUAUUCUUUACUUUUUGUUAACCGUCAAUGGUGUGAUAUAGCGAUCCAAUUACUAUGGAGGCGGCCUUUUGAAUUUACCUCACAAGAAAAGUACGACCUUAUCAUUGAGACUUAUAUUUGUUGUCUACCAGAAAUGGAAAAAUCCCGUCUUAUCCUUGCAGGGAUAAAAGUACCUAAAAAUUCUAAACCAUUUUACAAAUAUCCAUCAUAUUUACGAAAUUUUGAUAGUGAUAAAUUUAAUCGAGCUUUUAAUUUAUGGUUAAAGACGAACGCCGUCAAUGUUGGUGGGAUCGACCCUUUGAAUAUAUUUUGUAAGCCUUUAAAAUCUCUGUUUGGACCUAUGGUCAGUAACAAUUAUAACUUGAUGCCAAGUAAUAUUUUACACAAAGCUGUAAACAAGUGCCUUGAACCGAUCGUGCAAGAAUAUUGCGCCACACACCCGAAUUCUACCGUUAUCAAGGAAAUGCAAAGUUUAAUAUUCAUUGAAUGUAAUAGAUUAAAAAGUCUUACGCUCUACUGUGGUGAAGACAGUCUUCAACUAAUGGAAAUGAUCGAUGAAUUGUGUGUGAAAAAUCUUAAUGCAUUGAAUUACCUUCAAAUUUUGGAGUUGAAUGUACAAACAGCACAAAAUCAAAAAAUAGAUUUAUCAACUGAACAUGAUAUUUUAGAAAAUCUCUUCUUAACGAUAGCAAGGAAUGCUACAAAUAUUCAGCACAUGAAGAUCAACUUCCCUCAUGAUUAUAAAUUUCCUCCAAAAGUUCACAUAGCUUUAUACACGAUGAUCGCAUCACAAAAGAACAUAUCUUCUUACAUGUCAAAUUAUUACUGGGAUUCGGAUUUUUCAAUUCAUUCGGCUCUAAUGCGACAAAGUCAAACUUUAAAACGUUUAAAUCUUUGGGGAUUGACACAUUUUGAUGAUUCAUUAUUUCAAGGGUUAAUGAAAUGGUCAAACCUGGAAACGUUAGAACUGGUUGGUUGCCCAGGUUCUUCUCCAAUGUCAUGUGGAUUUUCUAAUCGUCAAUUAAAUAUAAAGAAUUUACGAAUUGGAAAUGGAUAUGAAAGUAGUCCUUACAUUCAAACGACUUUACUUCAAAUGUGUAAUACCAACCUACAGCAACUAAUGAUCGAAGGGGUCACACCAGAAAUUCUUGAAGAAAUUGGUCUACAUUGUCCCAACAUUACCCAUUUAUCUCUCUGCGCUUAUCAAGAUAUUUCCAACACCUUACCAGCAUUAAUCUCAAGCCUUGAUCACUUGAAAGUUUUAACCCUUGGACAUCACGAGAAAUUUCUUUUUACCAAAUCAACCAUACAACAAUUUAUACAAUCAAUCCCUCCUUCUUUACGAUUUUUAUCCUUAAAUUUCAAUAUUUCAUACGAUUCUUUGAAGGUCCUUUUAGAUGAAUGUCAACCUCAAUUUUAUAAAUUGGAAUUACAUCAAACAAAAACUUAUCACGAUAAAUUUAUAAAUAUUUUAAUAGAUUAUACAAUAACAACAAAGAAUCAAACGGAAAUUAAAUUAUUUAUUCCCCCUUUUAAUCUUGACAAAUCUAGAAAGAUGGUACAACUUUCUGCUCCUUUAGAAGUUGCUUCUCCAGAUUUAUUAAAAAGCGCUAGAAAACACAUUAAUAUUUGUUAUAGACAAGAUAAUCGAAACGUUUAUAGUUUAUGGUAG